AUGGAAGAACUCACAGAUAAAACCUCCUGGAGAAGCAAAUGGAGCCUUAUUGAUGCUAUGUGGGAAUCGGAAUCGGACCCUGAGAGCUUCGAACAGCCAUAUGACUCGGCCCCAGAUGCUCUUCUAAACAGACUGACGCGAGUUCGCAUGAUUUUGGGCGCUCUCGAUAAACAAAUCAAAGACUUGUCCAGCAAGAUCAAAGAUUUAACCGAAAACAAAAGCAAAGACGAAGGUGAUCGCGCUUUGAGGCUGGAAACGCACUUCCGAUCUGAAUAUGCGGGAGCGACGCUUGGCAUUGAGUUCGCAAAAAAGAAGCAAGAUGAAGUACUAUUAGAGCGUCAGCUUGCUUGGAGAGAGAGAAAUAGUGGAGUCAUAUCGCAAAUACAGCUGGAGGAACGCUACAGUGCACUGAAUAGGCGUUAUUCCUCCGCCGGAGGUGAUUUAUGGCGCAGCUCGAACAAAAAGCUACACUUGGAGAACCCUACCGCAAUUACUUCGAUGCAACUCGAUUCCGAUCAAUCAACAGCUUUGAAGAUUCCUGAGCUCUUAUUACCACUAUACAAAACAUCGGAUAACCUGGGUGAUCGAAGAAAACCCUCCAAUUGGAUUUCUGAUGUUGUCGAGUACUACUCAGCCAACUGGGAGUAUCAUGGGAAAACGGUAACUGAAUAUGUGUCCAUUGCAUGGUGUCAUGCUAGUGGGACGUGGUAUCGUUACGAUCAGCGAGUGGCGCGCAUUGUUCCAUUUCUUAUGGCUGCGAACAAGUUAGAAGAACUCAUUUUUGGCUCCGUGAGCGAGUCCGUGCAGCACCCUGCCAAUGCAUUACUACUAUCAGGUGGAUUAAGGGCUUUGCUAGAAAAUUACAAGCUCGUUAUUGUGCCUACGGAUAAUUCGGAGACACCAAUCAAGCGAUGGCGAACACAUCUUUUAUUUCCUAGUUGGAAAGAUUACUGUUGCGGGAAUGACGAGAAUUCGAAGAAGAUUUACCUCAAAGAUAUAGAUGGCAAAGAGCUCACCUUUUUAGGCGAAAGACGCCCCUCUCCGAGAUUUCUUUACUUUCAUUUCAUAAUGGCUCUAAUUCGCCUCAAGGACUGUGGCUCCGAUGGCUGGCAGCAAAUUUGGGCCCGUUACUACCAACAGCGCCCCUUUCCACAAGCUAGUAAUUAUAUGAGGAGGGCCAUGAUAAAGGCAUUAGCGACAUAUUUUGAAGUUGCCGAUAUGAAAGUCGUCGAGCUGGAUCAGCGACCAAGGGUUUGA